UUCCAUUUUAGCUCAGCGCUCAGUUAAGGUUUGCGAUCAGUCAAAAUUGGGGAAUUCGGAUUUUUCUGGUACCUCAAAAAAGUACUGACAAACAUCCCGCACAUCUUCCAAGAUUGUUCAUACCAAUUGACAUAACGGCCUCUAAAGAUGUCCAAGUCACGCGCGGUUGCCGACCAGAUAGUGAAGCUUAUUGUAGGAGCGGGCAAGGCUUCUCCAAGCCCGCCGGUCGGCCCUGCGCUUGGAAGCAAAGGUAUUAAGUCUAUGGAUUUCUGCAAGGAAUUCAACGCACGAACAGCACAUAUAAUCCCGGGAACGCCCAUGCCGACGAGAGUAACAGUGCGAGGAGACCGAUCAUUUCACUUUGACGUUCGAACACCGCAGACUUCGUGGCUCCUUCGGAACGCAGCAGAACUACCGCUCUCUAAGAAGGGAAAGAGAAAAGCCGCAAGUAAGGCAGGUCAUGAGAUAGUAGGAACGAUCACUCUAAAACACGUUUACGAAAUCGCCAAGAUAAAGCAGAGUGAGCUAAGGCUCUCCGGUCUCCCUCUAGAAGGACUUUGCAAGUCUGUCAUCUAUCAAGCCAAAUCAAUGGGGAUCGCGGUCGUUGCGUAGAUUAUGGGAGGCAAAACCAGAUUUGGCCACCUUCUGCACGAUUUCUAGGCGUCGGAGCAUAUGGAACGAUGUUAAUUGUCUAUUAUUUCGGAGCAUCUACCAUGUGUAUGUGUACAAGCAUCACAUCAACAUGUAUCACCACAUUAACAUUUGUACGAUAUACCGGACCAAGCGCAAAAUCCUUCUUCUAUCACAAAGCAUUAUGCAUCAAGGCUUCCUACACAGGCGAAAACUCUGGAAUAUGAUCGAGCUGGGUUUGGAGAGAUGAUUGAUGAUUGAUGUUCUCGGGUGUUUUCGCAUGCAACGGUAGCACUUAGCAUGUCGCUCUCCAGCCUUUUCUUUCACGAAAUCAAAUUUCGCAAGAAAAAUUCUGGGUCGGGGGUCGGGUCAGGUCUGAUGU